AUGCCGAAUCACGUUUACGAUGUUGAUUGGGAUGUAAUCUUGGUGGAUGGGCCACGUGGCAACGUUGACGAAGGACCGGGGAGGAUGUCGUCGAUUUUCACGGCGGCGGUACUUGCUCGGAGCAAAAAAUGCGGGAAUCCGAAGACUCAUGUGCUUGUUCAUGAUUAG